AUGUUUUGGACACAUGAUCAUGAAGCCAUUCUAUGCAGAGAAGUCGUCAAUGUAAAUCCCUACACAACUAAGAAAGGGUCAACACAAAGAAGCAGUAUGCGGGAAAAAAUAGCAGACACCUUGAACAAAUACACUGUGCCGAAAUUCACGGUUGAUAAGCGAUCAGUCCGAGAACACGUGGGAAUCCCUUGUUUACAGGCAUAAGAAGAAACUUCUAGCGGAGGAAAAAGCAACUGGGAUUACUCCCGAUGAGCCAACGGAACUAGAAAACCUAUUGGAUAUGAUCAUCGCGUUGGAGGAAAGUGGCGAAGCGGAAUUACAGGAAACACAGGGAACAGCUAGCAAAAAACUUCAAUACGAUCGGGCUAAAGCGGAAGAUGUUAGACUAAAAGCGAUGGAGAAACUGUCAGAGACGAAGAAAAGAGGUUCAUCAGCGGAUGAAAGCGAUGACAAACCGAAGCGUCAACGAAGAAGUGGAGGUGAUGCUAUCGAACAAAGCACAAACAAAGCAUUUCUUGGACUUUCUUAA